UUGUGAUACUUAAGAGGAAACACAGGCAUCUCCUGGAUUCACAAAUUUUGGCUGUAUUAGAUUCAUUGGGAGCACUUGGUGAAGAUAGAGGUUCACGGUUCUACCCUCCUUAAUGAGCUACUUUCAGGUAAUUCUGAUCUCACCAGAGUAUGAGAACCACCCUCCUAGAAGAUGGCUAAAAAUAGUUUAGGCUCAAGUGGUCCUAGGCCAAGUCAAGCGGCGUCAAGACACCUGGGGGACAGGCACAGUCUCUCCAAAGCAGGGAGGACCCUUCAAAAUGGUUCUUAGGAGCAGAGCAGAAUGCUCAGACUGUUUGAGGGAAGGUCCACUGGCAGUCAUUAGGAGCGCUGAGUAACCAACCUUGGCCCAGGUCGAUAUCCUUCAGCCUGCUUACUAUGGAGUCAGUACUACACGUUGUUUCUCUCCCUCACACUCAACUCACACAGAUCGUGCAAAGAGGAGGACAUUACUUGUCAAAGCCAUGGGAAGUUGCAUAAAAACGAUGGCUGAUUUGGUUUUUUGUGAGCCAACAGAACUUUACAACAUCUUGAAUCAGGUUACAAAACUGUCCAGAUUAACUGAACCCAACUAUCUCUGUUUAUUGGAUGUUCGUUCCAAAAGGGAGUACGAUGAGAGUCAUGUGAUCACAGCCCUUCGUGUGAAGAAGAAGGAUAAAGACUACCUCAUCCCUGAGUCCGUGGACCUGGAGUGUGUGAGAUACUGUGUGGUGUAUGACAGCAACACCAGCACCCUGGAGAUGACCCUAGUCUACAAUGAAAAUGAGGAUGAUAAUGACUUUGACAAUUCUGGCCCAGAACUGGCGCUCGGACCUGCCGUGGAGUGUGGCAAAUGGCUGAGCAACUUCACCCGCAACCCUGUGCACAUCCUGAAAGGGGGCUACCAGCGCUUCUCAGGCCUGUACCACUUCUUUCGGACCCAGAAGAUCAUCUGGAUGCCCCAGGAACUAGAUGCAUUUCAGCCAUAUCCUGUUGAAAUAAUUCCUGGAAAGAUCUUUCUGGGAAAUUUCAGUCAAGCCUGUGACCCUCAAGUGCAGAAGGAUUUGAAAAUCAAAGCACAUAUCAAUGUCUCCAUGGAGAUGGGACCCUUUUUUGCAGGUGACCCUGACAACCUUCUCCACAUCCAGAUAGAAGAUACUCCAGACGUCAAGAUUAUUCCCUUUUUACGUCACCUCUGUCACUUCCUUGAAAUUCACCUGGAGCUUGGCUCUGUCGUUCUGGUCUUUUCUACCCGGGGCAUCAGUCGCAGUUGUGCGGUCAUUGUGGCCUUCCUCAUGCACUGGAGAGAGGAGACCUUGCAGAGGUCCUGGGCCUAUGUCAAGAAGUGCAAAAAUAACAUGCGUCCAAAUUGGGGAUUGGUGACUCAGCUGUCGGAGUGGGAGAAGAUUGUCCUUGGAGACACUGUCACAGACAUCUUCAAUCCACCAUACUAAUCUCUGAGGCCCAGAGAUGGGCGCUGAAGAACCUUUCUUGGGACCUUUGUGGGCAGAGGGCAAGCAUGUGUACCC